AUGCACCAAUUCAAAGAAGGGGAUAAAGUGAAUUACAAACCUGUCGGUGGUAUGAUGAACUUUAUAUACAAUGUAUACAUACACGAGCCACAAGCUAACCAGGCUACAACAGGUGCAAAUUCCAAGACCAACAAAAGUGUCGGGGUCAUCCGUGAAAUUACGACAGCCUCGGACAACGAGCCGCGCUACAGAAUCGAGAACAUGAACACUCACAAGAGUUCAUCUAUCAAAGAAGGCAACAUCGAGGGCCCGGCAGAGUAG